UCCUCCCUCAAGCAUUGGGGGGCGGGGAGGAGGGAGGCCGGGCCUGCGGCCGGCGACCGAGCCGCGAAAGACAUAGCUAGCAGAAGAUAUGGAUGGCGACCGGGUGCCAUGGGGCAGCGAGCACGUCUCGGGUCCCGGCCCCGGAGGAGGCGGAAUGAUUCGCGAGCUGUGCCGGGGCUUCGGUCGCUACCGCCGCUACCUGGGUCGGCUGAGACAGAACCUGCGCGAGACCCAGAAGUUCUUCCGCGACAUCAAAUGCUCCCACAACCACAGUUAUCCCUCCUCCCCCACGGGCGGCGGCUGGACUGAGCCCAGCCCUGCUGAAGAUGUCGCCGAAACCGGGCUGCAGGCGGGCCACCUGAGCUGCAUUUCCUUCCCACCUAACGAAGAAAAGUACCUCCAGCAGAUUGUGGACUGCCUCCCUUGCAUAUUGAUCCUCGGCCAGGACUGUAAUGUCAAGUGUCAGCUGUUGAACCUGCUGUUGGGGGUGCAGGUGCUUCCCGCCACCAAGCUGGGCAGCGAGGAGAGCUGUAAGCUCCGGCGCCUCCGCUUCACCCAUGGGACUCAGACUCGGGUCAGCCUGGCACUCCCUGGAAAGUAUGAACUAGUGCACACACUGGUUGCUCACCAGGGCAACUGGGAGACCAUCCCUGAGGAGGAUCUGGAGGUCCAAGAGGACAGUGAGGAUGCUGCUCAUGUUUUAGCUGAACUGGAGGUGACGAUGCGCCAUGCUCUCUUACAGGAAGUGGACGUCGUGGUAGCACCGUGCCAAGGCCUCCGGCCCACAGUGGAUGUUCUGGGUGACUUGGCGAAUGAUUUCUUGCCUGUGAUAACUUAUGCACUCCACAAAGAUGAACUCUCUGAGAAGGAUGAACAAGAGCUUCAGGAAAUUCGAAAGUAUUUCUCCUUUCCUGUAUUCUUUUUCAAAGUGCCGAAGCUGGGUUCGGAGAUAAUAGACUCUACCAGGAGAACAGAGAGUGAAAGAUCACCACUUUAUCGCCAACUGAUCAACCUGGGCUACCUAAGCAGCAGUCACUGGAACUGUGGGGCUCCCAGCCAGGACACGAAAGCUCAGAGUAUGUUGGUGGAACACAGUGAGAAACUGAGACACUUGAGCACAUUUUCUCACCAGGUGCUACAGACUCGCCUGGUGGAUGCAGCCAAGGCCCUGAACCUGGUACACUGCCACAGCCUCGACAUCUUCAUUAACCAGGCCUUUGACAUGCAGCGGGACCUGCAGAUUACUCCCAAACGUCUGGAAUAUACUCGAAAAAAGGAGAAUGAGUUGUAUGAGUCGUUGAUGAAUAUUGCCAAUCGAAAGCAGGAGGAAAUGAAGGAUAUGAUCAUUGAGACACUUAACACCAUGAAGGAGGAACUUCUAGAUGAUGCUACCAACAUGGAGUUUAAAGAUGUCAUUGUUCCUGAGAACGGAGAGCCAGUAGGCACCAGAGAGAUCAAAUACUGCAUUCGACAGAUCCAGGAACUCAUCAUCUCCCGGCUUAAUCAGGCAGUGGCUAACAAGCUAAUUAGCUCAGUAGAUUAUCUACGUGAGAGCUUUGUUGGAACCCUGGAACGAUGUUUGCAGAGCCUGGAGAAGUCCCAAGAUGUCUCAGUUCAUAUCACCAGUAAUUAUCUCAAACAGAUCUUAAAUGCUGCCUAUCAUGUUGAAGUCACGUUUCACUCAGGGUCCUCAGUUACAAGGAUGCUAUGGGAGCAAAUCAAGCAGAUCAUCCAGCGCAUCACAUGGGUGAGUCCACCUGCUAUCACUCUGGAAUGGAAGAGGAAGGUGGCCCAGGAAGCCAUUGAGAGCCUCAGUGCCUCCAAAUUGGCCAAGAGCAUUUGCAGCCAGUUCCGUACUCGGCUCAACAGUUCUCAUGAGGCUUUUGCAGCCUCAUUGCGGCAGCUGGAAGCCGGCCACUCAGGCAGGCUAGAAAAAACUGAAGAUCUGUGGCUGAAGGUUCGAAAAGAUCAUGCCCCCCGCCUGGCCCGCCUUUCUCUGGAGAGCCGUUCUUUACAGGAUGUCUUGCUACAUCGUAAACCUAAACUGGGACAGGAACUGGGCCGGGGCCAGUAUGGUGUGGUGUACCUAUGUGACAACUGGGGGGGACACUUUCCCUGUGCCCUGAAAUCAGUUGUCCCUCCAGAUGAGAAGCACUGGAAUGAUCUGGCCUUGGAGUUCCACUACAUGAGGUCUCUGCCCAAGCAUGAGCGCUUGGUGGAUCUCCAUGGUUCAGUCAUCGACUACAACUACGGUGGUGGCUCCAGCAUUGCUGUGCUUCUCAUUAUGGAGCGGCUGCAUCGGGACCUCUACACAGGGCUAAAGGCUGGGCUGACCCUGGAGACACGCCUACAGAUAGCCCUAGAUGUGGUGGAGGGAAUCCGCUUCCUGCACAGCCAGGGGCUGGUCCAUCGUGAUAUCAAACUGAAAAAUGUGCUGCUGGACAAGCAGAACCGUGCCAAGAUCACUGACUUAGGAUUCUGCAAGCCAGAGGCCAUGAUGUCAGGCAGCAUUGUGGGGACGCCCAUCCAUAUGGCCCCUGAACUUUUCACAGGGGCCCGGCCAGAGCGGCUUCCCGUGUUUGAUGAAGAGUGCUGGCAGUUGAUGGAAGCCUGUUGGGAUGGUGACCCCUUGAAGAGGCCUCUCCUGGGCAUUGUCCAGCCCAUGCUCCAGGGCAUCAUGGACCGGCUAUGCAAGUCAAAUUCUGAGCAGCCAAACAGAGGAUUAGAUGAUUCUACUUGAAAGCAAAGACAUUUUUCUUUCACUCUCUCUUUCUUUCCUUUCCCUCACAUUUUGGCCGUGGGGAGAAUUUGACAUUUAUUCACUAUAGGGCACUCCCAAGGGAAUUGGUGCUUGCUGGGCAACUUGAGACCUUCCCAGACAGAGAUGACUCCAGGACAGUGAAGAGUUGGAUGACUGAGCAUAUGCAGCAGUUCCCUGAAGCUCCAGACUAUCCCUUUAGCAAAAGAGUGUCUAAGAGGUGUAAAAGCUGAGGAAUACGAUGUUCUGGCCUCAUAACCGAAAAGGAGGCAAAUGUUACCAUUGUCUACUCGUUAUAUAUGUUUCUAAGACAAGUGGGACAGUGCAGUGGCAAUAAUAUUAAAACCUAUGAUUUUCCUGAUUUGGGGCUCUAGCUAGGAAUAGUUUGGUCAGGACCCUUAGAAGUUUUGCACUUAGUUCUGGGAUUAUGAGAACAUGGGGACAAAAAAAAAAAAAAACCUUACAGAUGUCUGGUUCCUGCUGUCUACAACCAGGGUUAUCAGGUUGUAAUAGUCAGAAGCUCGAUGAAGGAGGUAGAGACAAAGCUGUGUGCUCCUCCCAGUGCCAUGUGUUUACAUGUAUAAGGCUAUCCCUGGUUCUGGAGUUAAUAUCACCAGAAGUCAAAAAAACGACAAAGAAAAGAAUGUGUGAAAAGAAUGUGUGUGUGUGUGUGUGUAUGUGUGGGUAUACACACAUAAGCUGUUGGAUUUUGCGUUACUGCCAACCCCCAAACAGAACCUGUUGUACCCUUGGGUCUCUUUUUCUUCUUUUUUUUCUUUCUUUUUGUCUCAAGGUGGGAAAACUCUGGAUAUCAUGGUACUUCAGAGCAAGUAUCUGAGCAAAACUAACCCAAUGUGAAAUAUUUGGCUGGGACCUGAGAAGUGGGAAUUAUCUGGAGGCUGUGGCUGGCACA